ACAACGAGGCGAAGGAUCUAAGCUUCGUUUUGAUGAAGAGAAAUCUAAAACUAUGUCAACUCUCUCUCCUAUGGCUAGUCCCACUAUUACACAUUUUAAUUCUUUAAGGAAAGUCUCCCGAUCCUUCUUCAGAGUCUCAAUUCUUUCUCCAAUUUAUAUACAUGAUUCUUCAUUGAAAAUUCAAGCUCCUUCAGUAUUUCGUCAAUUACCUCUUCCAAUUAAUACAAAAGCUCCUUCAGUUCAUCUUCCAAUUGAUGUGUACUUGAGAAAUCAAGCUUCAAAAUUUAAG